CCACGUCCACGUCCACGUCCACGUCGCAAAUCGCAGUCCACGUCUACAUCACUACUCCGACACUUAAACAGGAAUGAUGUUUUCAUUCUUCAUCGUUAUUGUCCUGGUUUCAUUCAUAAUGGUUCAAGGGUCAUCUCCCGUCUGUCCUUCGACACCGGAAGUUAAACUCCUAGAAGACCCGGAUGAUUGCGCAGUAUUCCAUUUUUGUUUCUCUGGCCAGCGUUUGACGUUCAGCUGUGAAGAGAGAGUGUGGGAUCCGAUCACAAACUCCUGUGUCGAACAAGGGUCAACGAAAGAUAGAUGUAGGCAGCGUGUCCAUGGCUGUUUCAACAAGGUCGCUAAGAUUGCCAAGGGCGAUAACUGUGCCCAGUAUUACGACUGUUCCUUAAACGCAUCUAAUAUGGCAGACCGGAAGCGAGAGUGUCCAUAUCCGUUCCUGUUCGACGCUCAGAGCGCCACCUGUCGGGAUCACUCUGAAGUCAAGUGUGGGGAAAGAAAAGAGCCCAAAGAUCCAUGUGAUUAUGACGUCAAUAUGUGCCAGUCUGCAAUGUGCCUCCCAUGUAUCGAGCGCUUCCCAUCAUGCACUGGACUUCCGGAUGGUUUGAAUCCCUGGAUCGGCCGCGAGGGGUCACCCUACUACGUCGUGUGUCGGGUGGAGAGGGUGGUGUACUCCGGACAUUGUGGCUCUCUCUUGGGCCUCCAGAUGUUUGAUGCCACCAAAAAGAGCUGUGUUUUGAACUUUGCUCCCCUCUUAGACCACCAGGUCAAAGUUCAUCCGUAACAUCCGCAAGAUGGCGUUGUAUCGACAAUGGCUGUGAGGAAGACGUCGUAUUUUGACGGGGACCUGAAGGAUGAAUCCAUCAUAUCAGUUCAAGUUGUCGACACUGAUUUAUUUAUACAUACAAUUCAUUCUCAUUGUUUGUAUUUAAUACCACCCAGUAUGUAAAUACUCUUCACGUAUUUAUUCAUUGUCUUUGUUCUGCUAUUGUGUUUGACGUUUGACAAGUAAGUUCUUGUACAUGCGUUCCUGUGAAGGUUUGUCAAACUUGAAAUAAAUAACACUUCUAUAUUUAAAAAUA